CGCGUACCGAGCACACGGGUAGCCUUGCACCGACACACCGAAACACUUGCAACGCAACCACCACUGUCAUUGACCGCCUCUGCUUUACUUCAUUUCAGACAGAAUGGUGAUUGCACGAAAGCGAGCCCUUUGCUCGCAUGCAAUGGCCCUGCUCUUGUUUUCCUCCGUCGUACAUGCCCAAGAUGAUAGCGGAUUCGACUGCCACAUCUCUCUCGACAACGUCAGUUACGACCUGACACCACUUGCGGGCGAACAGAGCAUUACACGCGAGCGGAGUACACCGCCCACCACAAUGGUUGAUACUGUCAGGUUUAACCUGUGUGCAAACCUGCAGCAGUUGGGAGAAGUGGAUGAGAAGGACCAGUGUCCCGCAGGAACGCGGGCGUGCCUGACAAAGACGAACCGCAAAGGCGAUGAGGGCGACCGGAUAGUGGCUGUCAUCCCGCUCGCGACAUCCUCCGGCGUAGAGUACUCUACACUAUCAUCACCGAAAGGCCUCUCGCUCACCUUCCAAGGCCCAUCAUAUCCCACCUCCAGAACUUCCGACCCAUUACCUCAAUCGUUCCAUCUGAGACUGCUUUGUGCAACGGAUGACUCGGAACCUUCUUUCCUCUCCUAUGACGGCUCACAAAUGUCCGCAGAAUGGAGCACACCAGCAGCUUGCGGAUCGUCCGAUGAUGGAUCCUCAGACAAGCCAAACGAAGAUGCGGGUGAGGGGGAUGAUAAAUCGAAGACGUCUAUAGGUUCGGGCGUUGGGUAUUUCUUCCUACUGUUGUUCCUGGCGCUAUUAGCGUACUUCGGACUGGGCGCAUACUACAAUUACACGACGUACGGCGCAUCAGGAAUGGACCUCAUUCCACACCGAGACUUCUGGCGAGAGGUCCCGUAUAUGCUCCGCGACGUUGUCUCACAUCUAUGCUCUGCCGUGCGGCCACGACAAAGUGCGAGUCGGGGAGGGUAUAUUGCAGUAUGAUUUGGCGGUCUCAUCACGAAACUGAUGGAGCUGCCUUCGGGCAAGGAUUGUUCUUAUUCUAUAUGCUGUCGCAAUGAUAUGGUAAUGUGUAUUGCACCUCUUCAUCGGACGUUCUGGCUUCUUCUCCAUGCCUUCAUCGCAUGCGUUGUGUCUCUCAAACUAAUGUUGUGGAUCAUUCUGUUGCACCUCGCAGCCUGGUACCAGGUGGCCCUGUGAAUCCUUUUGAAUGUGGACGAUAUGGUUGGCCC